AUGAAAACUAAACAAUCUAAGGAAGAAUUGGAUAAGAGUAUUGAUGAGGACACUAUAAUAGAACCUAAGACUCGUGCCCGUAAGAAGGCUUCUGAUAUCAUUGAAGAAGACAAAAAAUCCAGUCAAGAUGAACCGAAAACAUCCAAAGACUCAAAGAAACCAGUAGCCAAGCCUAAAACAGUUGGAAAGAAGCGACCUUUAGGCAUUAGGAAGACUUUGAGAAGUAAGCAAGCAAAAGCUCUUGCAGCCAAGGAAAAAGUCAAGAAUGUUAUCAAGCAGACUGUGAAGAGAGGUAGGAAGGCUGCUUUGAAGUUUGAUAACACUACAAAUUCACAAGACAAGGAAACCGUCCCACUGAUACCAGCAUCAGAGAUCAAGAAAGAGCCAAUUGACGAUACCACUCCCAACUCUAGGUCCUCGAGUCCCAAAACAGCUGGUAGAAGACAGAGACUUAGUUCUGACUUGGUCAUGAUGAAGACAAUGCUUGGUGAUUCCCCAAACACUCUAGUUCUAGGUUCUCGUACUAGCCCCUACUCAAUGCGCUCUGAGAGAAGCAAUAGCCCUUCUCUCUUUGAAGGAAAGAACUUGCGGAGUGGGAAACCUAGGAAAGUCAAAAACAACUUACUUAGUGAAGUUGUAAUAAAAGAACAAAAGAAAAGACGUAGACUGCACUCUGAUUCUAAGACUUCAGACACUGCAGAAACUCCUGAAGACUGUAAGAAAGUCAAAAGAGGACGCUCAUGCUCUCGUGAUGGCAGUGAGAUCUCUAAGUGUUCAGAUAACACUGAGUCAGACUUGAGUAUGAGUGAAACACUCAAUGACACAGACAACAGUAAGGAGCUCAACAAAAAACUAGAUAAAUCUAAGACUGACCUAGAUAUAGAAAUUGAAAAUAAUGUACAGAUCUCGACUAUUGAAAAAGUGCCUUCGCAAAUUGACUCCAAACUAGCUGAAACCAAACAGGAUGCAGAGCCUAGUUCUAAUGUAAAUGCCAAGAAUAAGAAAAAAUUGAGCUUAAAAAGAAGUACUUCAUUGGACUCUGAUAACAAUAAUAGUAAUAGGGUUAAAUUAGAGAAUUUAAAUUCAACAGGUGUAGAGGGGAAAUCAUUAUCAAAGACUGAUCUUACAGAUCCUGAAAUACUUUUUGAAGCUCGUAGUAGUAUAUUGACCAGUAUGUCCAAGACAUUUAACUCAAAGGAAAUGUCAAAGAAUAUAAGGAAAGCACGGCGGGGGCGGAAAGUGGGAAUGGCGCCUAGGACUUUGGCUAUAGCACCGCGGGCAGUGUCGACUAAGACUGUUGUUGCACCCACUACUGCUAACUCCACCAACAACCCUGCCACUGCCGCUGCAGACGAAGUCGUCACUGCCGACACUGCUGAUAACGCCGACGGUGGUAACGAAACAAUAGAAUCUCUCACCAAAGAGAUCAAUGAUCUCAUCAACAACCUAGAUCAAAAUAUAGAUGGAGACCGUGAAAUGGAUGCUAACACAAAUCCUAACAGUACUGAAAGCAUGCCUGAACAAUUACAAACAAAGACUGUUACCAAAUUCUAUGGCUUAGCCAAAUCUGUGAAUGGGAAUAAUGCACCUUCACCUGAUACUCCUGUAAAAGAGAAAGAUAUUAUAUCUCCUUUCAGUAAUGAAAACACACCCUCAAAGGAUGAUGGUGAAAAUAUUCGCCUCCAUUAUGAGGAAGACUCGGUGGAUAAACCAAUGGAAGGCGCAAAACAUGAAGUUACAUAUAAAUGCAGCCCAGUCGCCAGUAUUGAUAAACUGAUGGACAGGCUCAAGGAGUUUGAAGAAUUUGAUAAGAGAAGACAGUUGGAGUCUAAAGUUAAUGAUGGCAAAACUGUGAUGGUGACGAGCGACGUCGUUCUUAUACCAAAGUCUGGUGAUAUAAAGCCACUUAAAAACAUUCAAUCAGUUAGAUCACCAGAAAAACUGAUGGAAAAAGAGAAUGUUUUGAGUUGCUUUGAAAACAACUCUGCUAUUUCAAUAGUCAAGAGGGACCAAGUAAGGAAGUCCAUAGAUGUGGACUUGCCUAACUCGGUCACUUUGAUAAAACGGAAUAGUUUCAGCUCAAGAAAGGAGUCUACCAGCUCAAAUCACUCUUCAGAUGCUAUCACUAUAUUUGAGAAAUCCCUUGGCAAGGAUGUUACUUUAACAGAGAUAAGAAAAUCUGCUGACAAAUCUAUUCCACAACCGGUACGGGAAUCGUCGAUGCAAGUGGACUUGCACCACUUUGCGACACUUCAUCCAAACACUUCACAAAGCUUAGUCAGCAAUCUAGACUCCAAUCAGAUAUCAAUAACACCUCGAGUGCUCGAGUCUAAGAAAACCAAUGAUGUCCAGAUCAUUACUAAGAGGAAAUCAAGAGAAUCCAAGUCUAGGAAAUCAUCCGAGUCCACAAAUGACAUUGAUGACAAAAUGGCAACUAUUGAGAAAAUUACUUCAGUACAUAAUGUGUCAUCUUCUGUUUCUAUCACGCCUACGCCAGUCACUAUUAAAUCUUCCGAAGUGACAACAACUGUUGUUAAACCUUCUGAAGUUACACCAGUGGCCAUUAAGUCUACCGAAGUAAUCCCGACCGUCAAUAAUCCCGCAGAAGUGACACCAAUUGUCAACAAGCCUGCUGAAUUGACGGCGACUGUUAAUAAGCCCACUGAAGAGAAUGCAGUGGCUAUCAAGUCUGCAAACAUAACGCCAGUCUCAAUUACGGACGCCGAAGUGUCUCCGGUCGAUAUUAAGUCACCAGAAGUAACACCUGUUGCCAUUAGAUCUCCCGAAGUGAAACCAGUCGUAACAGAAGCUUUACCACCUUCUCUUGAAAAUAUAAAAGGAACUGAAGACGUUGUGGCUUCAGAGGUAUCCCAAGUUGAAAGCGCUAAAUUGACCAAAUCACCUAAUAAUGAGGAAGAGACUGUCGAAACUCCUGUAGUGGGUGAUGAAAAGACUGAUAUUGUAACUCCAGAAAUUGAGUCAAAAGUGGAAGAAAUGCAGAUAGAUAAGAAUGAAGAAGGGAAAAUGGAAACAGUAGAGAAGCAAGAUGCCAAGCCAGUCGAUAUGCUAAUAGAGACUAAAGAAGUGAAGGAAGUUGCCAAAGGCAAGUCAAUAGCUGUGGAAGCAAAGGUAGUUGAAGAAACCAAACCAACUAGGAGUGCUAAACCUAAAUCCGCGCGCAACUCAAUAGAAUCUCAACCAGGGCCAAGUAACGCUCUUAAUGAAACACCAGAAAGUCAGAAGCACAAAGAAAGUGUCCUCAGAACUCUUGGUCUGUUGACUCACAAAGCUGCAAAGGAAGCUAAAAUAGAAAAGCAAAAGGAAAAAGAAAGGAUAUAUGGGUCUAGUUACUACAUGGGUAAUAAGAAUAAGGCAAAAGCCGGAUCUGGUGAUUACACUGGAACAUUAAAAACUGUGAUAAAGUUGAAUAGAGGCGGUGAUAAGAAAAAGCAUAGGAGUUCAUUGAAGAUGACCUUCCAGAAGAGCAAGUACAGGACGGGCAAGCCGGCGCCGGAGGUGGGAGAAGCAGCCAACGAAGAGGACGCUUACUACACCAUUGAGAGGCGCGAGGGAGCGGCAGGCGCGGCGUCUGAUGGUGGGCACAGAAAGUCUCAUUACAGUAAUCGUCUUAACAAUCAUGACACGGAAGCAGCACCAGAGCCGGCUGAACCAAAAGAAACGCUCAACCUGGUGAUCCCUGAGAAGGCAUCCUCGUUCAGCAUCCAUCCGGGAAGGCUGUGCAUGGACCAAUGCUUCUACUGUGGUGGAAAAUUCGGCCUGUUUGAUACGCCCUGCCAUAUCGCUCAGAUCAAAAGUUCGGAACGGCAGAAGAAGGUUUUAGCCAAUGAAGAAAAGCUGACCAUAGAUAGUUGCCUCUGUGAUGCAUGCUAUCGCCAUGUAGAUCGGCGCGCCAACUGCCCGUCGUACAGGAAACGACCUAUAGGUAAACCGCCGUUGAGUGCUGGUGAACAACCCAUGCAGACGUCACCAACUCAUAAUAACCAAUCAGAGAAGCCUCCAAGUCCGCCUUUAGAAGAGGACAGUGAGGAAGAACCUCAAACUGCUGCCACCACAAACCGUGUGUCACUCUGUCACACUGAAGGUUGCACCGUAGUCGCAGACCAUUCUAUUCGACGGAAGUGGCUCAUCAAAUUGAGGUCCAGUGUCAACAAACUGUUGAAGCUCAAAUACGACUACCCGGGCCUGCACACGAUCCCGCUAUGCGCGGAGCACUACCGGUGCCUCACUCCGCUCAUGGCGUGCGUACUCUGUCGCAGGAGACUCACCAAGCAUCAUAACGUGCACUUUAUACACCAUGGCUACAUGGAGCUGAACCCGCUGCUGGAGCGCGCUCGCAUCCCGGUGCAGUUCAGCGCGCGGCCCGUGCUGUGCAAGGCGUGCCGCUACUACUGCACGCUGCUGCAGCGCCCGCACGACAACCGGCCCUUUGCGCACGCGCACCGCCUCAAACUUCUCCAAACCUACAACGUAGAAGUGACGCCUACGUCAGACAACGAAACGGAAGAACAGACGACGGAAGAUGACAAAAUAAAGAAGAAGCAGAGAGCUAAGUCUAAACAACGGAGCUUAGAACCGGACAACAGUGAGUCUUCAGAGAGAACCAGCGAAAGCACGCCGGAGAAAGACAAACAAAAAGACCAUGAAAGUGAUAGAGAAACGCCUCUAGAAGAAGAUAUUGAGAGCCUCAUAUCUUCUAACAAAAUCUUAGUACCUAAUGCUACGAAAUCUAGCGAGUCCAAUACACAUAGUGAUGGCUCUGAAACAGAAACUAUCAUGGAAAUGGACGCACCCAUUCUACCUAUUGACAAACAAACUGAACUACAAUAUCUUCUACAGAAGCAAAACAAUCCAGCUCAAUUUCUACCGAUACCUAACCUCACACAGAAACAAAGAAAUAUACUUAAAAUACAGAACAUAUCAGGCAUACAAAAACAUGGACACCAACAUAGAAUAAACGACAAAAAUGCUAAGAGAAUACAUAAAAUUGGGCAUAUAGUUACUCAUAAAGAAAAGCAAAGGAAAGACGAAGUUACUGAUGAGGGUAUAAAGGAUGGUACUCCUAUUUUCAAAAAUAUAUCUUUAAAUGAAGAAUGUACUAUAGAAUCUAUACCGAACAAAAGACCCGCCGAUAUAAAUACGCUUAAAAAUAAAUGGCAAAUGUCUGAGAGCUUCACUCAAGUCAAGAAGAACUUAAGUGAACUCUCAAAGAGCAAGGAUCCUAAAAAGAAUUCAGAAGUAAAAUAUUCGAAUCCGGUCAAAAGAUUGGAGACAAAUCCGUCUAUAUCGGUCCGAGAAUUGUUCCCCGGAGAGGAAGAAAUGAACUUACAGUGUAAUAUUGAGUUCAAUAAUGUAAAAGGCGUGACUCCACACGGAUGGGAAAAGUGUAACACCAUGAUCCAGUACGAUGUCGAGACUAAGAAACUCUGGAGUGAGUUACAAAGGCCUUAUGGCAACCAGUCCUCUUUCCUCAGACAUCUGAUCCUUCUAGAAAAAUAUUUCAGAAGUGGAGAUCUAGUUCUAUCACAUAAUGCCACUCCUCACGCAACCAAUUACAGUGAUUCGGCGCAGAAUAGGUUGCGGGCCUAUGACAACGUCGUCAGUGAAACGCCCAAACGUAGCGAGCAACCUAUUAGUCUUAUAGAAUUCAGAAAAAAACCAUCCACGAAUGGGAAAAGUUUACUUAAAUCCAAUCAGAACGAUUCCGCCGAUAAGGAAACCAAAAAGUUUAUGCCACCGCCUGGAGUGUUACCAAAGACAAAAAUUAAAAGUGACAAGUCAAAGUCCAAAAACUUGCCACCGGAGCUUAUAGCCAUCAAUACUCCUAAUGCUCAAGGUAGAAAGGCUAUACAAAAUGUUUUGCACAACAUUCAGCAAUUGGUCAAAGGAGUCUCGGCGUCGGAUCCGACGGAGAUCGCGGCGGCUCCCCUUCCCGCCACGGUGGUGACCACCAAGCUGGACCCGCCUCCCACUCCACCUCAGAAAGAGAAGAAGGAUGCGCCGAAGAAGGACGAAACUCCUAAAAAGACCAAAACUACCAGCAAACCAUGGCGGCCGACACUUAUGCCUAUCACUCCAGAAAACCUAGCUAAAAUUGCCCGAGAGCCGACCCAAGUAGCAGUCGACGGACGAACUCUCCCGAGCCUCGUCCAGGUGAUGUCAGCUGGACAACGGUUCCACAUAACUCUCCAAGAUUACAACAAAAUGUGCAUCAUGAGGCGAGAAAAGUUACAGCAGUUACAAGACGGAGAAAAGUCCAAACGGCAAUCUACAGAAGAAACUACUGUAGUUACAGAAAUACAGCCGUCCACCAUGCUCGGGAACGGUGGCACGGUCGUCCAAAAUAUAUCCGCUGAAGAGAAACAAGACAAGAAAGAUGUUUCAGAACUCGGACAAAUAGGAGCCAAUGCAGCUAACAUACUGAAGAAUGUUGGGCUCAAGAAUAUAACCAUAGCGCCUAUCCCGCCGAAAACGGCCACGAUUACGUCACAGACUGUCGCGUCACCCGUAGUGACGUCACCGUCCCUACUCGUGACGAGUACGCCGAUCAAAAUCCCCCACCUGGGUCCCGCCGUAUCCAUAGUGAGCGAGACGGUGAUCUCUCCUCCAGUAAUGACAUCACAUAUGAUAAUGCCCAAAAUACCCAAGUCGCUGACGGUUAUCCCGCAGACGGUGAUGGCCACCGGGCAGGUGAACAGCCCGUCGGGGCCGAGCCCAGCGGUGGACAACCCGCGUCCAUAA